CGCCCCGCGCGCCGCAGCCCCGCCCGGCCGCGGCCCCGGCGGGCGCAGAGCGCCGCGAGCAGCCAUGAUGGAAGGCUCGGACGACGGCCCAGAUUUCCUCUCGGAGGAGGACCGAGGUCUUAGAGCAAUAAAUGUAGAUCUCCAGACUGAUGCUGCUCUGCAAGUGGAUAUCUCAGAUGCACUCAGUGAGAGGGAUAAAGUGAAAUUCACAGUCCAUACAAAGAGUUCCUUACCAAAUUUCAAACAAAACGAAUUUUCUGUUGUCCGGCAACACGAAGAGUUUAUUUGGCUUCAUGAUUCUUUUGUUGAGAACGAGGACUAUGCUGGCUAUAUUAUUCCACCAGCACCACCCAGGCCUGACUUUGAUGCCUCCAGGGAGAAACUGCAGAAACUUGGAGAAGGGGAAGGAUCAAUGACUAAAGAAGAAUUCACCAAGAUGAAACAAGAACUGGAAGCUGAAUAUUUGGCAAUAUUCAAGAAGACAGUUGCAAUGCAUGAAGUGUUUUUGUGUCGCGUGGCAGCACAUCCUAUUUUGAGAAAGGACUUAAAUUUCCAUGUAUUCUUGGAAUAUAAUCAGGAUUUGAGUGUUCGUGGGAAAAAUAAGAAAGAGAAACUUGAAGACUUCUUCAAAAAUAUGGUUAAAUCAGCAGAUGGUGUCAUUGUUUCAGGAGUAAAGGAUGUGGAUGACUUCUUUGAACAUGAGAGAACAUUCCUUGUAGAAUAUCACAACCGAGUCAAAGAUGCUUCUGCCAAAUCUGAUAAAAUGACAAGAUCACAUAAAAAUGUGGCGGAUGACUACAAUAGAAUUGGUUCUUCAUUAUAUGCAUUAGGAACGCAGGACUCCACAGAUAUAUGCAAGUUUUUUCUGAAGGUGUCAGAGUUGUUUGACAAAACAAGGAAAAUAGAGGCUCGAGUAUCUGCUGAUGAAGAUCUUAAGCUUUCUGAUCUUCUGAAAUACUACCUUAGGGAAUCCCAAGCUGCUAAGGAUCUCCUAUAUAGAAGAUCUAGGUCACUAGUGGAUUAUGAAAAUGCUAAUAAGGCAUUGGAUAAAGCAAGAGCAAAAAAUAAAGAUGUGCUGCAAGCUGAAACUACUCAGCAAAUAUGCUGUCAGAAAUUUGAGAAAAUUUCUGAAUCAGCCAAACAAGAACUGAUAGACUUUAAAACAAGAAGAGUUGCAGCAUUCAGAAAAAAUCUGGUGGAACUAGCAGAACUGGAAUUGAAGCAUGCUAAGGGUAACUUACAGCUUCUGCAGAGCUGCCUGGCAGUGUUAAAUGGUGACACAUAAGCUACGUUCCGUCCUCCCACUAACAAGGGCUGCCCUCCUCUGGAUUUUAUUUUCAUGACUUUAAAUAGGCAUUUACAAUUCCCUGGAGAAAACAUUGGACAAAGUGCACAUAAGCAAGCUUCUUCUUUCAAAAGAAUUAAACAUGUGAAAGUA